CGCUACUCCACUCCACCUAGGUACGUACGUACAACGUACUACAACACCGCAAUCAUUUUCACUCUAAUGCUGAAAAAACGAAGCACUUCGUACUGUACUGUGUUUCAAACAACAUCCCGGAUCGUACCCCACCACUGUCGUUUGAGGCUGCUCCCGACCUCGAAGACUCGCCAUCGACACCGCACCAACAGCCAGCGACCUCUCCGCAGAGUUCCUUGCAACACCGAUCGAGACCGAGACGGCACAAGUAGCUUUUUCAACAUGCCGAAACGCAAACAAAGAAACCACCCCGUUUCCGACGACGAGGGCGAUUCCGGGGGCGAGGAGGCCGGUUGGACCCAAGACAGCGGCACGGGCGAAGACGUGGUGCUCUUCUCGCAAUUGAUGCCCGAGCCCUCUCAGAGCGUCCUGCCGGAGCGUCCCGGAGAACGCAAGAACAUUGACAAAAUGGACCGCGAGGCACAAGAGAAAUCCCUUUCCGCCGUUUCCCGGAUGAUUCUUUUCCGGGCGUUCGAGAGGGAGCCCAUCGAUCGCCUCAAGAUCAUCAAAGACGCCGGCAUCAGCGGCUCGGAUCGCAUCGGAUCCGCCGCGUUCAACGAGGCUUCCCAGCGCCUUCGAAACGUGUUUGGGUUCGAAUUGAACCGGAUUCCGAAGUACAUGGAAAACAUGAAGGGACUGCCGGCCAAGUUCAAGGAUCGCCACUACGUGCUCAACGGGGCGGUCGACGACGACAGAGGAACCCACAGCCGGCAGAUUCACGGCGUUCACGAGGGAUCGAUGAUCGAAAGAGGGUUCAUCAUGCUGGUCAACGGGUUGAUCUUUUGCAAGGGGGAGUCGAAGGGCAACUCGAUGCGCAAGAUAUUGGAGCGAGAUCUGUACAAGUACUUGCACCGGGUGGACGACGCCAUUCCCGAGGAGCCACCGGCCCAGGGCACCUCCCGUGCCAAGGCACGCACGCAGUAUCGCUCGGGCGCAAGAACGGAAACCCAUACUCCCAACGCGGAUGCCCUGCUGGAGCAGUGUGCCCACUGGGACUACUUUGUGAAGGAGAAGGCUACGGAAGAGAACUGCCCCUUUCAAAACCUGGAGGAAGGAGACGUCUUGUAUUCCAUGGGGCCGCGUUCCGCAAUGGAAAUCGGGCGAAAGCAGAUCAUUGCCUUUUGCGCCUCGAUUCUGGGCGAAGAGCCCGAUCUUUCGAUGAUUGGCGAGGUCGACGACGACAUCAAAGAGGAGGAAGGGCCCGACGAUUGCGUAGAACAGGAGAGCCAGCUUGCGUCGUAGGGGCGAUUGCGGCGCGUGCACUCUAUGC